AUGAGUCGGUGCCAAAAUCAGCGAGCCCUAACAAUCCUCCAAAGACUGGAUCCUCACUCCGUACUUUCUUCCCAAGGUGAUUUGAGUAGGAAAGCUUGGAUGAGCUGCAAGUAUCUCUGCUAUCCAGUGCUGACGGAUGUCGGAAAACUCUCAGGAUGUGGACAAGGCAAGCACCGAGGCUCACUGAUCUCGAGAAGUGGGAGGAGCUGGACGGGUCGGGCUGCCAUUAUGAUGGACGUCAGUGAGAAGGGCGUGAUACAUGUGAGAUGGUGCUGGUCGAAAUACGUCCGACUUUUCAUGAAAGUAGCGAGCCCGCACGUUUCAGACUCUGAGGAGUGUGUGAUGAACUGA